GAGAGAGAGAGAGAGAGAGAGAGAGAGAGAGAGAGGUCUGAGUGAGUGACACCCUGUCAGCCAGGUGGAGUCAGUGUCAGUCGGCUGGAUUAAGACAAUGACUGAGUUGUGUUUGUGGUUUCUCUGAUCCAGAGGAAAGCUCAGGGUCUCCCUCCAGACCUGACAGAGUGGAAUUUCCCUCCUCGUCCCUCCUCUGGCUGGGGCCGGGGGCAGAUGGUCGCUCUGAGAGUCUGAGCAGAAAUUCAGGAAGGAGCAGCAGAGUGAGAGGAAGGGUGGGAGGAGGUCCGGAGAGGGAGAGAGAGGAAAGAGAAUCGAGAAGGAGGAGGACAGAAGAGGAGACAUGCUUCGAUACGGUUCAGGACGAACUGUUUCCACCACCACCACCACAACAGAGGACUCUCCAGAGUCCAGUGAGAGGAGGAUCAGGAGGCUCAGGUUAACUCUCCACGCCGGAGACGAUGGAAACAAGGAGCCAAAAACAACAAACUCAGCCACAGCUGAUAAAGAGAGUGCGCCAUGGAAGAAGAGGAAUGGGCUGAUCCAGAGAGAGAGGCCAGCUGGCAGCGAGUCACCUCAGCAGCACCACGGAGACAUGACCAAUGGGGCGCCAGAGCCCUCGCUGCAGCAUCAUGGGCCCAAGGUGUACGGCAUCGUGCAGAGGACGGGCUCAGACCGGCAGCAGGAGGUGAUGGCGCGGGAGUGGUCCGUCAAUCACCUGCAGGAUGAGAUGAAGUACAUCAGAGAGGUGAGAGAUUCUCUGGAGAAGGUGAGAGAGCGGAUGUACGGACAGUUCGGAGGAAUGCAGCAAUCAAUGCAGAAACUCUCCCAUGAAAUCAAGGCUGCCAACUCCCACCGGAGGAGUCUGGAGUCCGAGGUGAGGAUCCGGACAGCAGCCAUGGAGAGCUUCGACCAGAUGAACAGCUCCCUCAUAUCCUCCAACAUCAGCCUGCAGCUUCCUUUGCAGAAAUCCCUCCUGGAGAACUGUCAGAAGAGAGUGGACACGAGAGACGAGGUCAAGACUUUGCGGAGCACCUGUGAGAAAACACAAGAACAGCUGAGAGACAAAGAGAAGGAGCUGGCUGCUGCUCAGGUUGAGAACCAGACUCUGAGGCUGCAGGUGGAGUCAGCGCGGGAGGCCAACAGUCAGGCGCUGCAGGAGCUCUCAGCGAAGCUGCAGAGAGAAUACGAGGAGAAGCUGCAGGAGGAGCAGCUGAAACACAGGGAGGAGAUAGAAACGCUACAGGCCCAGCUGGACGAGUACAUCAGGAGACUGGAGGAAGCAGAGACCAACAUCAGGAUCGCUGAGGCCAAGAUCUCUGAGAGGGACCAGAGGAUCCUGGAGCUGGAGCGUCUCCUGGACUGUAUGGGAACGGAAAAGGGUCAGCUCCAGAAGAAGCUGCAGGAAUGUGAACAGCGUCUUCGCCUGUUGGAGCUGACGGACCAAACUGAUUCAACUGUAGCCAAAAAGUCCAAACAGCUGCAGUCUGAAGCUGUAGAUCUCCGUGAGAGGAUCAAACACCUGAACGACAUGGUGUUCUGCCAGCAGAGGAAAGUCAAAGGAAUGAUCGAGGAGGUUGGAUCACUGCGAGCUCAAGUGGCUCAGAAGGACAUGUUCAUCUCCGAGCUCCUGGACAGGAUCGCCAUCGUGGAGUGUGAGAAUAAUGAGUUAGAAGACAAGCUGAAGUAUUUUAUGUCCACACAGAAUAGGCCACAAGAGGUUUUGGAUACCAGGGAGAUGGGAGUGGGCUGUGAUAUGCCCCCCAGCCGUGAAGCCAACAAUUACGAUGUUGAACGUCCUGUUCACUUUGAAUCAACUCAUCUUCAUCCCAUACAAGAACAACCUCCACCUGUUCAACCUCCACCACCAAUGAAACCUCCAUCAGUCACUCUACCUCCACCGCUGCCACCACCACCUUCAUCCCCAUCUCCACCUCCAUCCCCCAAACAAGCUUCCCCUCCAACUCCACCUUUAUCCCCCAAACAGCCUCCAACACCAACUCCACCUUCAUCACCAACUCCACCUUCAUCCCCCAGACAACCUCUGUCUCCAAUCCAGCCUUCAUCGCCCGUUCUAUCUCCCACUCGAUCUCCCACUCGAUCUCCAUCCUUCAUGCCGCCUUCAUCCCCUUCUUCUCCUUCAAUAAAUCCAUUCGCUUAUCUAACCACACCCACCCAACCGAGGACGUUUAGGUCUAACCCUCCACCCAGUAGGCUGGACUCCAGUUUACUGAGGUACACUCCUGUCCAGUACAGCCGCUACCUGGACUCCAACUCCUCGGUAUCCAGCGGGACCUUCCCCUACGGCCGGCCGUCUGAGUCUGAGCCUCCUGUGAGUCCGGUCCGGUCCGGCGGAGAUGAGGUGGACGCGAUAACAAACGCAGACACGCGAUCAAGUCUGGAGGAAUCCACUUCUUCCUCCUUGUCUUCUGCUCGACCGAGAUCAAGAGCACCUCAAGUUUAUACGCCGUUCAUGAAACUUAUGGAACUGACAGCAAAGAUAGACAUAGAGACCUUGAAGUAGAAGUUUGACGUUUUAGGAAACGCAUUUAUUACAUUUCUUGCAGAGAGUUAAAGACAAAAUAUGCAGAAUUUAUCGCUUAUUAUUUUAAACACAAGUUAUCUCCUAUCCCCCGGGGCUCAACAACUGUGACAGCAAACCUCAGAUUCACAACCACAGCUUUGUCUGCUUGGUGUUUGGCAUUUUUUCUGCACUGUGUCUGCUAUAUUUGCAGCUUUGUGCCCAAACGUUGAGACCAAGAUACAUAGCAAAAUGGGGGGAAAAGAGAGAAAAUACAGGCAGAGAACAGAGUCUCUGCAGAUAAAUAUCUAGUGGCUCGUGAUGAUGAGAGGGAAUUUUUGUAUUUUUAUUGUUUUGUUUUUUGUAAGUAUAGUUUUAAAUCAGCAGAUUGCAACCAAAUUUAGGUUAUCUUAGCAUAAAGACUGAAAAGAGAGGGAGAGUUAGAAUGCAGGCUUUGUCUUGAAGUAACAAAGUCUGCCUUCCAGGUCUUUCUAGUAAUUCCAUUCUUUAUGCUAAACUAAGCUACAUGUAGCUGCAGUUAGCUAAGCACAAAGCUAAUCUGCACGUCGUGACUGUAUAGUUAUAUGUAGCUGCAGUUAGCUUAGCACAAAGCUAAUCUGCAUGUCAUAACUGUUAAGUUAUAUGUAGCUGCAGUUAGCUUAGCACAAAGCUAAUCUUAGCCAUGGCUGUACAGCUAUAUGUAGCUGCAGUUAGCUUAGCACAAAGCUAAUCUUCACACCAUGACUACAGUUAAAUUUAGCUGCAGUUAGCUUAGCAAAAAGCUAAUCUUAGUCAUGGCUGUACAGUUAUAUGUAGCUGCAGUUAGCUUAGCACAAAGCUAAUCUGCACUUCAUGGCUGUACAGUUAUAUGUAGCUGCAAUUAGCUUAGCACAAAGCUAAUCUCCACGUCGUGGCUGUACAGUUAUAUGUAGCUGCAGUUAGCUUAGCACAAAGCUAAUCUGUUAUGACUGUACAGUUACAUGGUGCUAAGCUAACUGCUGUUACAUAUUUAUCGUCAGUCUGUGGUAUUUAUGCUUUCGUCUUUAACUCUUUGCCAGAAAUCGAACAACAAUAACGUUGAACAAAUCAUUUAAAACUCAGUUGCCUUUGUUAUUAUUUUCACAGCUGGUUGUCUUUUAAAAAAAAUAACCAUUUGUGACAUACACGGUUGCCCAAAAAGUUGGAAUAAAAUAUUUUUUUUACUCCAUGAAUUCAUUGUGACAAUGUGAAAUGUACGUGUUGGUUGAGAGAAGUGUAUAUCUUCUCAAACUUUAUAAAUCAAUCUCUUCGAAGCAUAUUUUUUCACAAUGAAAAUGAAACCAACAUUAACAGAUGGAUUUUGUCUGAAAACAAAAUUAUUCCAACGUUUUGGGCGAGCCUGUGGAUCCAUAUCAGUUUUUCCGUCACAUCUGUUUGAGAACGUGAAUCUGGCUGAUAUAUGAUGUAAAAAGUCUUCUGCAGGUGUUCAGCUCAUGUUCUCACGUAGCACUAUUAAUGACAAUAAAUGUUGCUUUCUGUCGGGUGUAAAUAAUCUGAUGCUCUGUAAAAAAAAAAUAUUUUGUAAGUAAUAUACUGAAGGAUUUCUUUUGUUUACGCUGAAUGCAGCCUACUUUCGUUGCGUCCAGUCCUAUGUGAAGGUUACUACGGUUACUGUGUGUAUAUCAUUUUAUAUUGGCUCUGUACAAAUUAAAUGAAUAUUAUUUUGUUAUUGCGACAUUAUGUACAAAAUAUUUAUUAACAUGCUUUGUGCCUUUGUGAACAGCCUACUGUUUGAUACUGGUGGUGGGAAGGAAUCUUUUUUUAAAUUGGCAACAGGGUAAAAAAAUAUAAUAAUAUAUUAUAAUAAGAAUCACUUUAAAGAUAUUGAGGUGACUGCCAUUCCUGAGCCACAGGCCAAGUAUUAUCCAGUCUGCACUGCCACACCUGUGUUUCAGAAAGCUUUAUGAUGUGCCUUUCCCCUAAUGAUACAUAUCAUACUGCGACUAAUGAUAAGAGGCCGGCGUAUGUUUGGAUAAUAAAGACUUUAUUGUAUAAGUACCCAGAUAUCCUGAUUGUGUAAGCACUCACAGUACAUACUGUUCAAACGCACACAUUCCCUAAAGGCUGAAGAUACUGAAGAUACAGUAUAUGACUGCUCCACUGUUCCCUGAAGCAGAAACACGGUUUGUAUUUCAUGGAAUUCUUACGGUUCAUUUCACAUGGUGUCAUGCAUGAACACUGAACUCCAGAUAAACUUUAUCUUCAACUUUCCUCUGUACCGUAUAGGAAGCAGACAGUGUAUUUUCAGGACUGCUGUUUAU